GUAGCUCCAGGUCACACCUCGGUCCCGCUGACAGUCACAGUCCGAGCACAGUCUCCGUGUGGCGCCCGCGGUUCGCACGUCAGCCCGGCCCCUGGGUGUUUUGUUUCUCCACUGUGAAAAUGUCUGUCGCCGUGUGAGGAGCUGAGCAAUUAAACGGAGACAGAAGUGAAGUGGUGUCUCUGCGGGACUGUCCCUGGAUCGGGUCUGGACUUCACACCAUCACAAGCACGCGGACAGGACAACUCGUCCAGUUCCAAUGGAGUCCCGACUGACAGAUAGUCUGAGGGUUGUGUUCAUCCUGACCAUCCUCCUCGCCUCUGGCUCGAGUGAAAACGACCAGGACUUGAAAUUUUGUGGCACCUGGCGUCAUGGCAAUCACCGUCUGCACCUGAGCCUCAACCUCUCUCCAGGCUGCAAUGGGAUCUCCAUCUCAGCCAAUGAGAGCUCUCUGUCUGUCGAGGGGCAGAUCACAGCCCAGUGUCGGCGGUCUGAUUUGAUCCCCCUAGACAAGUAUGGACUCGAUUUGGAGGAGGAAAGUACCUUCUGUCUGCACUGGGAACCGUUGCUGGACCAGUUAAAGCUGCAGCUUGGAGAAAAUAACCUCACUCUGUGCUGGCCUGCCAGCCUGAAGGGCUCCUGUUGCACAGAUCUGACUCCGGGCCCCAAUCAGCCCCAGGCCAACUUCGGCAUCGUCAAUGGAAGAAUCCAAACAGACAUCAUCAGCCACAAAACGCACAUUGCCUACAAGUUCCAUGGACAAUCCAUCAGCUGCAAAGCCCUAUGUGACCAAGCGAGACGCGGACGCACCCAAGUCAACAUGAUUGAAGAAAAUACUGAAGAUCCCUGCGCUCGCAGCAUUGAGGUGGACAUGAGCGAUGAUUUCAGAGGUUACAACAUCACAUCUCCCGUCACAAAAGGUGUAUUUGAAGAGUCCACUGCCAUUGUCCAUCUCCCCCCUGCUCUCAAACAAGCUGCGAAGACCACCACCAAAGUUGUCUGCACAUUCUUCAGAAACAACACCCAGUUCCAGGAGGUUCACAAGGAGAUCAGGAUUCUCAGUGAGGUGGUGGAAAUCACCGUGGAGAACGAAGUCAUCACUGAUCUGCCUGAGCCAAUCAGGAUUGACUUUUACCAUGAUGCCACACCUAAAAUGCAAUCAAGGAAAUGUGUUUCAUGGGACACCAGGAAAGAUCCGCUGCAGGUCAGGUGGCUGGUGGAUGGGUGUAUAACACAGCAGAGAGGAGCGACGAAAACAGUGUGUCUGUGCACACACCUGACUUACUUCUCCGUACUGGUGCAACUGGAGCCUCGACCAGUGCGCCAUCUUCUGGUCCUGACCACAAUUACAUCUCUGGGCUGUGCUGUGUCUGUGAUCAGCUGUGUGGCUCUCAUCAUUUUUCUCUCCAGGAAGAGCAGACGAACAAAGGAGCAGUCCAUACCCAUCCACCUGGGCUUAGCCGUGUCCCUCGCCGUCCUCAACCUGCUCUUCUUCUUUACUGGGGUCCUGGCCAAUGUGGGAGGGGAGAGUCUGUGCACCUGGGUGGGGGCGGGCCUCCACUACAGCCUGCUCAGCGCCUUCACCUGGAUGGGGAUAGAAGUGUUCCACACUUUCUGGUUGGUGUACAUGGUUUUCACCCCCUCCCCAAAGCCCUACAUAUGGAGCCUGGUCGGCUUCGUUCUCCCUGCUGUUCCUACUGUCACCCUGGCUGCAGUAGGAGACAUUUAUGGACUGAGAGAGGUGGUGCCAAGCGAUGACGUCUCCAACCCUUAUCUGAUGUGCUGGAUGAAAGAAAACUACAAGGCAUUGCUGGCUCACUAUUUCACCAACAUGACGAUCCUGGUCAGCCUGGUGUUGUCGGGCAUCGUAAUGCUCUUCCUCGUCUACAGGAAGAUCCAUCGCAGGGAUGAAUGGAGGCAGAACCGUGUGGCUUUUCUCAGUAUCUGGGGCCUCAGCUGCCUCUUUGGAACAUCUUGGGGUCUGACCUUCCUGGAAUUUGGGCCUCUUUCUGACUUGGUUCUUUUUCUCUCCUGCAUCCUCAACUCCUUUCAAGGCUUCCUUCUAAUGCUGCGGUUCUAUAUGCUGGAGUGGAUGAGGAAACAGGCUGGAGGCUCUGCUCUUGGCAGCAACAGCACCGGAUCGACCAGGCAACACAUGCUUCAGGCCCAGGAGAAGAGUUAAAUGGACUUAAAAGGGUGUAGGACGCUCCAGCAGUCAAGCUUUUUGUGUACAAUUAAAGGUUUCCAAUCAAUGUAAAUGGUAAAAUGGAGGAUGUGACCCCACAGACUGAGGCACUGUAAAUUCACAGUUUGUUCAGUUGUUGUAACUGCUGGGAAAUCUGAGCGAUAUUCCGCCAGUAAAGAUUGAAUAACAACGUGGCCUCAAUAAGAACGUUUUGGUAUAAAACAUCACUGGAUGGUAAACGUAAGCACAGUGAGUUAAAAUUCAGAGAUCUCACCUUGUUGGAUCAUAAACUUGCCUUUACUCGGAUUUCAGAGGUGAUGAAAUGGUGGGUCAGCAGUUCUGUCAAAAGACACCAGCACCAGCAACUUAACCCCAAAUUCAAUCAGGUAUUGUUUAGGGAGUAAGGUUAGUUAUUAGUUGUUUGAUAGAGUGAAGAGUCAGCAACAUUUUUUCAAAUGCUUUUUGCAAAUAAUCAUUUUUGUUUAUAGCUACUCUGGAAAGCCUCCGCUCAUGCAGGAAUCUAGCUUUCAUCAGUCCAUGACUUAGACGUCUUCCAGCAGCUGUAGCGUGCUGUAGACCAGAUGCAUGGUCAUCGGUCACAUAUUGACUGACAGUGUUUGAGCUCCCACCUCUGACUGUGGCCUUCUCUGAUUGGUUAGAAGUGCCAUGCUGGCUCAAAAAAAGACGAAAACGUCGCUCCACUGCUGCAGUUAUGUUCAAUGAGUGUGAUAGCACCUCUCCACAUUUGUCACAGCAUAUUUCAAAAAUAAAUCAAUAUUAAACUAAAACUAGGUUACAUACUGUAGCUUUUUUUUUGCCAGGUAUGUGUUACAUCACUGUAAGGACUGAAUGGAUAUUAGCUAAAUAUGGUUAUAACAUUGCUGGAAGUAUUUCUAUCAGUCUGGUGUGGUAAACUCCACAUCUAACUGUCAAAUCAGGGAAAAAAUACUUGAUUCUACUUCUCUUGAGAAGAAAUGACACCAUCACUCAGGAACUCAUCAUCCAGGCCUGGAGCCUGUGUUUGUACAUUAACUAUAGACUGGCUCUAGUCAUAAAAGAAAAAUACUCUAUUUGAGAUUUUCAGUUUUAAGAUGGGGAUAAAGUUAAGCUUUAUAUCCAGACAGGGAAACUUGGGGAAGUGAUAUAAUUGCAGGUUAGUUACUGUGCUGUGAUUUCCAUUAUGUUUGUUGUAAAGAAAAAACUGGAUAAUUUUUGAACGUCUUAGAACGUACCUUAGAUAAGCUUUGAUUUUAAAUGUUGUACUGUGUACGCUUUUGUUUCAUAGCUGUCUUUUAAAGUAGCACUUUAGAUUUUGUAUUGUUCUUAUAUAAUUGAAGACAUUUCUUCAUAUUCUUACAUGUGUGUGUGCAUUGCCAAAUGGUAGCUGAGUGUUUUAUAUUAAAGAGACUCCAUAUUUUCUCUAAACUGUAUUCAAACGUUGAGUCAAAAUUAUUUACUUAAAAUAUUAUUAUUUUCAGUUCUAAACCUAAAGAUUGGAGCAAACGCAUUUCAACUGAGUCAUAGUUUCAGUAUGUAUAUUUGGCUUUUUCUUUUUGUUUUCUUUCAAAUUUAUAAAAAAUCCCUGCAUGGAUACUUUUAGUUAAUGUGACAUGUGCCCAUAAUGGAGCUUAUAGAUACUGUGAUGUUUGCACUUUUUAUUCUCUAAAUUGAAUUUAUAUGCCACAUGGAUCAUUGUGUAUAUUUGUGUUUUUGUGGAUCAAUAAUAGAUUAUUAAUAAAAACAAAUCUUUUGAUUAAA